UCAGACGCAAACCACCGUCGUCUCUGUCUGAGUCUGUCAAACGUCGUCACUUGUGGGAUUACUGAUGUACCUUGGCUCGCCGAGAACUAGCUUUCGUCGAGAGUUAGCAUAAGACACAGGCUGAGCCGAACAAAGACAAGUUUGCGAGGCAUUCGAGGGACACAAGAUCACCCUAGUCGGGGUCUGGUGCUCAGCGCUCAGGGCGCCGUUACGAUCUAUAUAAACGCGACUGAACUGCAUUUCGUCUUUGAAACAGCCGUGUUGACUCGAAGGCGCAAAAUUGGUAAGCAAUAGUCCGGUACGUCUCAUGCAAAGAACACUUAACGCAAACCCAUUGUGUAUAUAUAUGUCAGACUGGUUACGAGUCUAGUUCACACCGCGACUGUCAUCCUUGGAAUAUUCCCGCCCUUCAACGCAUCCAUCGCAUAUCAUACGGUAAUAUGGUCAGAGGACGCAAGAAAAACUUGACUGCUCCCCCUACGCGACAGCUUACCCAGCAGCGCGAUUACCGAGCGCGCAAGGCCCAAUAUCUUACCGAACUCGAGCAACGGUGUCUAAAGGCCGAAGAUGAGAAUGUGCGAUUACGACGAGAGCUAGAACUAGCUCGAGCUGCCAUGCCCUUUGGCUCGCCACAGGAAGUUGUACAAGUAUCAUCCGAGCUACUGCGCGACCUAGUAAACGCCUCUGCAUCGAUUGCGCGCUUCCAACAGAUCACCGCACCUCGUGCGCCAGGCCCUCCGGAUUACGAUUCCUUCCAUCAUCGACAACCACCAAUAUCCUCAUAUUCGCAACCAUCCGCAGGUCCUAGCGGCCUUCGUCCUUCCGAGUCAUCUUCUCCUCGUCAAGCAUCCUCACAGCCGAUUACAAUUCUACCCUCACAUGUGCUUGCUCUUCAAGAAUCUCGAGCCCGCCUUGCACCUCAAAGUCGGAUGCUGUCUCCUAUUGAUGGACAACGGAUAGAUCGAACUCCUGCGUCCUCGUCGGCCACUUCGCAAGCCCGAGCAACGAGCCCAUCGCCAAGCCUUGGUUCUGAGUGCUGUGGGGGGUAUAUUGAUUGCACUCAACUAUUAGAAGAGAAAGAGGGAGAUGAAGAGGAUGAAGAGGAUGAAGAGGGAGAAGGAGACGAGGAUCUUGGCAUGUAUCAUUUCACGAAUACGUCGAAACUUCGUUUCAGUCAGGGUGACUUUCGAAAAGAUACUGAACGCUAAAUCCUUGGAACAGCGGUCAGAGAUACGUAUGGUGUAGCUAUCCUACGUCGCUGCCACAUUGAAUCCGUCGCUACAAGCUACAAUAUUCAACAACCCUACGUUUCUAUAUGUGGUAGCAGUUGUUCUAAUUAUAAUCAUAUCUCUGACC